GUCAUGUCGUCCCAGCUCUUCAACGCCAAUCCGACCGUCUUUGCAGCGUCGUCUGCGCCAAAGGCGUCUCUGUAUACAGGGAAGAACAUAUGGAUGGAAGAUAUGGAAGAGGAUGUGCCAGAGAAUGAUGGCGCAGAACCGAUUGAUCAGGAAGAGAUCUUUGACCUCAUCCGAAAUAUAUACGAUCCUGAGCAUCCCAACACGCUUGAGGAGCUGCGCGUUGUAUCUGCGCCUCAGAUCGCUAUAGACCGCAACUUCAUCGACGUCGAGUUCACGCCCACCGUCCCGCACUGCGGCAUGUCGACCUUGAUAGGGCUGUCUAUCCGCGUCCGCUUGCUUCGCAGCCUUCCAGACCGCUAUAAAGUCGACAUUCACGUCAAGCCCGGGUCGCAUCAAAGUGAACAUACGCUGAACAAGCAGUUGAACGACAAGGAACGUGUGGCCGCCGCACUGGAGAACCAAGCCCUUCUCAACACCGUGGAGCAAUGCCUGACUGGGCACGGCGCUUGAUUAUGAUAGGCUCGCUGACUUUGACUUGCCGUUCGACUUCGCACUUGCUAAGUUGCUUCUUGCGAUCUUCGACGGCCCCCUACCUCCGAGCGACAUUCACUGCUCUUUCGGCAUGCCGCCCACCUUCACUGUUGUACACCGCAACACAAACGCGCAGCGGAAUUUUCUGAGCGGCCUCGCCACUGCUCACAACCGUCAGAGCAAGCCGCUGGGGGCUCGCGGAUCCUGACGCUGGCCUCCAGCGGCUACUCCACCCGCCCCACCUGCCCAAAUUGGUGUCGACACGGG